UUCAUUUGUGCUUCAUGACUCUUCUUCAUGGCGCUUUUUGCCAUGUUUUAUCAGCAACGACUGAACUACUGUUGAAUCCACUAGUCGUAUAGCUAACAGUGUUCGGAUGAUAAAUUUGCAUGAAUGUUGUACAUACUACGCAUUAAGACUCCGCAAAGAUGAAUGUGGGCGUUGCUCACAGCGAGGUGAACCCAAACACGCGGGUGAUGAACAGCCGGGGGAUCUGGCUGGCCUACCUGCUGCUCACCACUGCCCUGCAUGUGGUCUUACUCAGCAUCCCUUUCCUCAGUGUGCCUGUGGUGUGGACUCUCACCAAUGUAAUUCACAACCUGGCAAUGUAUCUGUUUUUACAUACCGUCAAAGGCACGCCGUUUGAGACACCGGACCAAGGCAAGGCACGUUUGCUUACUCACUGGGAGCAGAUGGACUACGGCGUCCAGUUUACAGCGUCAAGAAAGUUCCUCACCAUCUCACCUAUUGUACUGUACAUCUUGGCCAGCUUCUACACCAAAUAUGAUACUACUCAUUUCCUAGUAAACACAGGCUCACUACUAAGUGUUCUCCUUCCCAAGUUGCCUCAGUUUCAUGGAGUUCGUCUGUUUGGUAUAAAUAAAUACUGAUAUGACACUUCAGCCCACUUGUGGAUGGGAUGUAGCAUCAUGGAGAUGAGAUGAGAUGACUGAAAUUCCUUUAUUCUCCACAUGAUGCUUCCUUGGUCCAAAGCCGUAAGGCCUUAAGGAACCAAAACUGCACUGGACUGAAGUACACUAUUUAAAAAAAGGCCUUCCAUGCUCAGGUUUAUUCAGUCCGUGGCGUUUCUUUUUUUAAAUCCUGUCUUACGUCUGUAAUUUCUCUUCAUCAAAAUCUCUACAUCUCCAUCACAAUUUCUAGAUUGAUCACAUUCAAGGAUGUUUUUGACUGCAUUGCACCAGACAAUGUGCCAAAUUAUCACCUGCUGAUAUUAAUUUUUAUUAAGGUUCACUUUGGAUAAACCUAUUUGCCACAACAAGCUCUGUCACUGUGGGGUCAAAGCAUGAUAGCGCUGAAUUACAAUAUUCAGAAAGUUUUUGUCAGUGUUCUAGUUAGUAUAUAUACAACAUGGACAACUGCAGUAAAUAAGUUAUGUUGAAUUAUUAGAAAAACUGAUUUUGAUUUUAAUUUGAAUUGUCUUAUUGCAUUUUUCAUUUCAUUUGCUCCAUAAAUGCAAAACAGUGAUCUGUGACAAUGUAUGAAUGUGAUACGAUAAACAAGCUUAAAGUGCUCUCUUAAAGGGAUAGUUCACCCAAAAAUGAAAAUUUGAUGUUUAUCUG